UGGAGGGCGUACGUGGUGGGGACAAGCCCUCAGCCGGAUCUGGAUACGAUAAGGAACUUUUGGAAAUGGAGUUAAGGAGUGCGAUGGCCUAUCUUCACAGAGCGCCCCUCUUUUUUAUUACUUCUUCCUGAUUCUGGCUUAGGUAGUCUGCCGUUGUCUGACAAGUUGCGCCCCAGGAUCUGAAGAGAUCGAUGAACCCACAACAUGAAUUGCUGUGAGCUCUAAUGGGGGAGCUCCUCUUUCGUCUUGCCGAAGGCUCAGCGGGCACUCUUGCGCGAUGUGCUCGGACAGAAAAAGAACGGUAAGGCCGCCGCAUCCCUUGCUCGUGUGUAUUGGCCUACGCGUGCUACUUAUGUGUUAGCUCUUAGGUGAGAACGAAGAAAGUAGACGCAUGGCGAGCGCUCCUGUCUAGGUUAUAGAGGGUCAAAGGCGUAGGCGCGUAGCCCCUCAUCUGUGUGUACUCAGUAUGCGACAUUGCGUGCUGAAAUGUAUACUACUCCGCAAUCAGCCUCGCCCAUACAUGCCAAGCCAGGCUCGUUAAAAACACGGAAGAAGUGGAGAGUGUAGAUCUGUGCGGGGUUUGUGCCUGGCUCCUUGAUAACGUUCUUGGGGAAUGCAAAUGCCCAAACUUUGGAAGAGAGCUAUAGGGAGGCUACAGCCUGACAACGGCAGCACACGUAGCAAGGGCCUUCGCCAAUAUCGUAGCGGCACAGCUGCGGCCUUGGAUCCGCCUGCUUCUUGUCUUGCUUCCAUUUCUGUCCAUUCAGGCAGCAUCAACGCCGGAGCGGCCUCCACUGCUUACAGGUGGGAAGCGUUGUAUGGCUGGGCCUCACCUUCGGCCAUUUUUGCCCCAGCCCCGCUCUUGCACUGGCGCGCGAGCAUAAGACGGCGGACUACGUGGCGCUCUGGUUCUGUUUGCUCUAAGGGUGUGGGUUCUUAUCGAUCGUUGGCGGAGCUUGCUGGCCUUGUUUUGUAGUUUCGUCGCCGGUUGUUUUAUGUCGCGCUCGCGGGCGCUUGAAAUAAACAACCCGCAGCGCGAACACAUGCGAGCGGCGCGCUUGAUUCAUUAUCGCGCGGGCUGACUAGCUUGCGCAGCGCGUGCAACCUGUCAGGGGAUCACGUGCGGCUGCGGUCGUUUCUUCUCUUUCCAUCACGCUGGCAGGCCGUAGCUUUUGCCGCGUUGGUGCAUCAUCGCUCUCAGGCUUGUGGGCGCAGUAGUUGGCGGCCUCUCUCGGGCUUCGUCACCGGGGUUGUGUGUUUCGCCUUCGCUUUCGUCUGUGGGCUGUGUUCUCUGCUUUCGGUCAGUUGUCUCAGCACGGUAAAGACAGUCCCCCUGCUCAGCGUCUGUUCCCGGCUGGUGUCGUGCAGUCGGUUCUCUGACCUGUCAGUGGCUUCGUGUUACUUAUGCUUGAGCGGCCUCGCCUCGCCUUUCUGUGUCGUCAUUGGUAGGCACUGGCGCUUGCUUGUGCGUUGCCGCGUCGCUCGGUGCCGUUUGUCGGUGUUCUGCAAGCUUGUGCGGGCUGUGCCCGGAAAGGAGGCCUCCUGCGUGCCCGCCCCUGCAGAGUUUUGGUCGGUGGGUUCAUUGGGUUGUAGCGCUGUGUGGCGCGCUUGUGUCUUGUGAGGCAAAUGUCAGGCGCAGGCGUGUGCUCGUUGUGGGGUGUCGGUCUUGUCUUCCUCGGCCGUUGGGUGUAAGCACCACGCAGCCGCGCGCAUGGGUCAGCUCUCUCCCCUGCUUGUUUUUUUUUUAUGGUUUUGCCUCCGCGUGGUUCGCUUGCAGCAGCGGGCGUGCGUCAGUGUGAUGCGCUUGCUGCGCCCCAGCUGGGCGCUUUCGUUCCACUUUCAUGUCUGUGAAGGAGCAAGCCUGUGGCUUCGCGUUGUGUUUGCGCGCGUCGGUCUGCUGUCUGUAGUGCUGUGUGGUAUCUCGUGCCGUGUUGGAAGAUUGUCAGUCGCUUCUUUCUGCUUCAGAGAUUUAUCGCUGGGCCUGUGCGUAUGUCGUGCCCCUGCCCGUUGUGCUUAUAUAUAAACAUGACUCAGGGCCGGACGGCUGCGGCGGCGAAGCCUAACGGAUGCACUUAGGGCACGGGCAGGCACCUGGACGGGGGCGCAGGCGGUCCCUUGGGCCCCUUUUGAAGCCUCCCACCACCAUCGGAGGCCCCGAGGGAACCGCCAGGCCCCCCCCGGCGGACGCCUCAAAAAGGGGCCCCUUGCCCUUGUGCCCGCCCCCCCCCGCUAGGCGGGGGGGCGUCGCCCCGCGCCCUCGGACGUAUAUGCUUUAGGGCUCGCUGCACGGUGCCCCCCCACUGUGGUAUGAGGAUGGUCUGUAGUGGCGCGCGCGCGCGCUUUUCCGCGCUGAUUUUCGCGGAUUCUAGUGGUGGAAGGCGUCAAAACUUGGCGCGGGCCUCCCCUUGCGCCUCUCCGCGGGUCCUUUAGGGGCCUCCCGGCCUCUGCUGACCCUCGCAGGCGGGAGGCCUCCGGGUUAAAAGGCUGCGGAGGGCGGCCACGGUCGCAAGAGCAAGCAAGCUGAUGCCCCGGGGACGGGGGGGCACAGGCUGCACGGCUCAGGGGGUCCGCCCAGCCCCUCGCCUUUUGCCGCCUUCGGAGGCCUUCCCCGGCCGGCGCAUUGCUGCGGCGGCGAAGCAUAUCGGAGGCACUUAGGGCACAGGCAGGCACCUGGACGGGUGCGCAGGCGGUCCCUUGGGCCCCGGUGGAAGCCUCCCACCUACGUCGAAGGCCUGCAGGCAACAGCCAGGCAGCUGGAAGGGAGCGGGGGAGGGAGGUCACGCGGCCCCUUUAUUUGGGGCCUUCGCUCCACCACCGGCAGACGCCUGAAAAAGGGGCCCGGGGCUGCACGGUGCCCCCCCCUGCGCUACGGACGCACCGGUAGCCCCGAGCCUUGGGCCAUAUAUUUACUCUUUUGUGUCUAUGCAAGUAAGUAUGGCGCAUGGCGUGAUAGAUGUAGCUUGUGGGCCAUGUAGCUCCAUCUCUGCUCUGCCUGUGCGCGUGUAUACGCGGGGGACACAGUGGGCGGCAUUGAUAGGGCCUCACGUCUAUAGCUGUCUUGUCUAGGGCGCGGCUCGUUGCUUCGCUUGCAGCAAGUGCUUUCUUGAAAGGUUGCAUGUUUAGGGGCGCUUACGUGCUCGGCUGCACACUAGACGCAGGGCGCUCACUUUUGCGCAUUUCUUUGAGAGAAAAGCAGAGUGUGGCGCGUCGUAUUUCUUAUUCAAACAAUUUACUACUAUGGAGUGAUAGGACAGGGAGGAGUAGUCGCAGUUUGUCAGUCGUAUUUUCUGGUCUUGGCUAUCGCUAUCAUAGGCUACGCGUUUUCUUUUAUCAGGGGAAUGCAAGCUGAGUCCUGGUUUUCGCAAGUAGUUAAUCUGCAUAUGAUCUUAGACAGUGGGGCGGAGGCUUAUUGCUCUUCUUCAUAAUCGAGGAAAGCCCGGAGGACUCACUGCAACAGGCGGCUUUGGACUUGGAUGAGGUCCGAGCCGCUUUCAAAGAGGAGGACCAAGGCGAGCACUGGAGUUAAGGCUUGAACACUUACCUCUCCAUGGUUUUCUUUCUGAGGAAGAAGGCUACUCAUUAGAGUCACUGCGCUGUCUGUAAGUGUGGCCAACCUCCGACAUAGAUAUGUGCGCAUAAUUAAAAGCACCAGCAGCAUACUGGAGUCUGUGGUGGCUCAGUGACUCAGUGGCAGCACCGCCGAGCUGUACUACGUACUCGUCAGAAUCAAUUUGAGCAGCCUUAGAACCGCAGUAGGUCCUAAAAACGUUAGAGAGGCAGAUAGCGCGUCUACCAAUUCGGGCCCACUCCAGUCGCCUGAGAGAGUUGUCGCGCCUGCUUUUUUCUUUUCAAAAGGAAGACAGAGGACCGACCGACCCGGGGGUGUCUGCUUCUAUCUGAAAGGGGGUGAAGCUUAAAAGGUAGCCCGUAACAGUAAGUCGGCUACGGCGUAGAUAGUCAAGCAAAAGCCCUCGGGCUUGUUGCUAAGGGAAUAGUCCCCAUUGUGGAAAGUAGAGCGGCUAGCUGAAAAACGCAGCUCACGAUGGGCCCAUUUGGGGAAGCGUCGGAUGCUGGAGAGCUUUUCUGUCUCCUGUGUAGUGUUUGUAUUUAGAUGUAGUGCGCUUAGAGGCGCUAGGCGCGCGCGAAGCACCCUAGGUAGAGAGCCAGACCGGGACGUGUCGAGCGCAGGCGAAAAACUUAAGUCAUUUCGUUUUCGCAAAAACUCAGCUUGAGACGUAGCUUAGCUGUGCUGCCCCUCCUCACCAACACGAGGCGCCUCUACCUCUUUUUCUUCUGCUUCUUCUCCUCCUAAGACACCGAGGGCGACGCGAGCAGUGACCCAGCCGUGCCGCUUUCCUUUUCGCUGGUGGUUCUAGCACAAGUAUACGAGAGAUAUGCUGGCAUUAUGGAUGGAUGGGCUUACUCGCUACCUCGUAGAUGAAAGACACGCUGGGGCUUAUCAUCUCGCCUGCGUAGGGCUAGCGGAGGCCGCUGCUUUUUAGACAAAUCCAAAGCAGUAGCAUCAUGGAGCAGCCCAAGGGCAGGUAGGUGAACCAAAAAACAGAGGCCCAAGGCAAGUCGCUCGAGCUCGGCCACGAGUCGACACUUGGGCAGAAGUGAGUUAUUUCACUGCCUCUAAUUGUAGUAAAGUCGAAGUAGCCCCUUCGAGGGGUUCUAGUAUCGCGUCAUCAAGAAGUGGCGGGACACGCACACCGCGACGCGACUGGCUUUAUCAUUACGGCUAGCUUACCGCCAUCUCAGUCUUGUGCGGGCUACGCUGAGUGGAGUCUUUGCUCUUGAUUUGGCGAGGGAUUAUAGGGGAACAAAGAGGGGAACCCACUCGGACUCAACCAGCGAAGGCAGGGAUAGUGAGCAACGGCCUCUAACAUUAACUGCUUGACAGCACAGACACGGACACCACGGAUCAGCGCCUUCUGCCAGUCUUCUGGAAACUCUUCGGAAGCGUGAACGACGCAAAGCUUGGAAACCUGGAGACGAGUUUCGAGUUUUUGGACCCAAGGCAUCGGCAUGGAACAGAAGUCAGCACAGGCCAAACAAAUAACAAAAAAAGAUGUUUUUUUUUUCGGUUGCAACAGCAAGUCCGAAACACCGCGAAAGCCGAGCUUCCGUUUGACACUUUCGCGGCAGAUCCCUCCGAGAACUACGCCGUCGCGUCAAGGUGUAGACACUCUCACGAAAUGCGGCUGCUUUCGCACCCUCCGGCAGAGUGGAUGAGCGUGUCUCCUGGUCUCGAGUUAGCAAACCGGCUCUACGCCGUCACUGCGCUAGACGUCCUCGCCUUCCCCGUUCAGGAACAAGCGUUCGCACCUUCAACAAUUAUGACAGGAAAAAGCGCACUUAUGUCCGAGAAAGCAGACACGCUGCAAGGAAGUGGGAGGCAGCAUCUUUAUUUUCUUGGUUGAAUAUAUAUGGGGCCACUUUUUCUUGUUAUAACAAUAGGCGCGACGCUAAUAGAUCAGCCCUACACUAAGGCCAGCGCUGACGCAUCCUCAGCGGCAUCGCGUCCGUGGCUUCUUUCUCAUAGGGAAAAGGGCCUCAGGGGUGUGCCCUAGGGUGCAGCGUGGUAGCUCUAACUACAUCAGUACGGGACACCAUGCUCGCGGCCGCGGCCUACCAUCUAAUGGCGACUAUCUUUAUGACGCUUGAUUACGACUGUCGGGGCAGCUGUGCCAUAUUGAUAAACGGACACUGAUUCAGCCCCUGCAGAUUCUAUAAUCAUAAACAAAUAGCAGGAGUAGUCUCGAGUAGUACUAAAAAAAGCGCAUGCGCAGGCAGAAGGGAGUUUUGUGUUAUCUCAUCACGACAGGCCUUGCGCUUGCAGCUUCUAUCUCGUGACCUCCAGUAACUUUCUUGGAAAUAUCACACACCACUGGACAUAGGACUACCAGCAUGGAGCUACUCCUCGUCUUCAAUUUAUUAUCUACCCAACUCUGAUUCUGGGUGGUUCUAAUGCGUUCUCAUUUAUGCCAUUCAGCAGCGCGCUGUCGGUGAUUCUACCACCUACGUGUGGCGUGGGCGCUCUGCCAAGGAGAUCCAGGACCAAGGCUUCAUAAUGAAGACGGAGAGGCUGCGCGACUUACCAAGGGGCGACUACCAUUAAGCAAAGGCUGUGAGACUGCCCCAAGCCGCUUUGACUUUCUUUCCGCAUUAAUAUGUAAAACAAGUAGUGAGGGCGUAGCUUUGUUUGGUGUCGUAAGGAACUUGCUGUCAGUCGAAGCGCUGUCAUUGCGGCCUACCGUUGUGCCCACAGAUCAUGCGCCAUAUGCAGUUCCCAGUAGUUUCUCUCAGUAGUUUCUCCACAAAGUUUCCCUCACAUUCAAUGGCUAUUUUCUUUGCCAGAUUCUGUGAAGCUAGUGGCUCGUAUUCCUCUAGUGUUUCCCUCUACCUAGUAGUCCCUUCGAGUACAACCGCUGCCGCCCUCUGGUUAGUAUUUUCCUGUAGUGUUUUCCUGAUAUUAUAGUUCUUUCUUGAUUUAUUGUUGUGUUCUUCAUCUUCUACAUCUAGCGUCUUUUCUCGAAUAUAUUAUAUUUCCUUUUCCUUCUAUAUUGUAGUAUAAGAAGUGAAGGUGUUUCAGUAUUAUAAUUAUAGUAUAUCUAUAGAUUAUUACUGCAGCCCCUUACUGUUAUUUUUGUUGUGCUCGUCAUCUUCCAAUGAUGUCCCCCCUUAUCUGGGUCGCACUGAUGAUGAUACUCCUCCAGCCCUUCUCUUCGUGUCCUUGUCCUUCCAUAAUGUAAAUUAUUUCUUCCAGUGCUUGAGAUGUUGUAGUUUUAGGCUGCCUUAGGGUAGAUCUAUACCUGCCUCAGGUUGAGCAGCGCUACUUUGGUUCCUCUAGUAUUAUUCUUCCAGAAGUUGUAUUGUUCCUCCAACAUAUAGCAGCUACACAGAACCCUCCUAAUACCCUUGCGAAAUUUUCCACAUCUUCGAUGAAGCGGGAGAGCAAGUACCCGGCAAUCCGUGCCCAGCUUUCUCGGACGACUCCGAACAGGCUGCAUUCGCCCUUCGGACUGAUUUCGAGUUUCUUCCGGAGCGCCUUCUGCACCUC